AUGACUUCAAAUACGCCAGAUGUCCAACCAACCACCGCCACCUCUUCGAGUGGAUCUGACAUCGAAACGGUAGAUAACGGCAUCGAGGAUGAGACUGGGUUGUUAGCUGAGAGGGCACUGGCAAGUGGUCCCAUAGACGAUCAGACUUCUCAGAUGAUUCGACGAAAAAUUGACCUACGCAUCCUGCCGUUUCUGUGUAUAACUUACGCUUUACAAUUCAUGGAAAAUACGUCGAUGAGCUAUUGCUCGGUCUACGGAAUUUUCCCUGAUAAGAAACUUCGAGGACAGGAUUAUUCAUGGAUUCUUUCUAUCUUUUACUUCGGUUAUCUCGCUGCCGAGUAUCCUGGUAUCGCACUUAUGCAGAAGUUUCGAGUAGCCAAGUUUCUAGGAUUCAACAUAAUUCUAUGGGGAGCAGUCCUCAUGACAUCCGCAGCGUGCUCGUCUUUCACAUGUCUUGCUACCAUGCGUUUCCUUUUGGGUGUGGCCGAGGCGACGAUAUCACCCGGAUUCGUCGCUAUCAUGGGAAUAUGGUGGACUAGACAGGAGCAAGCCAGUCGAUCAUCUCUCUGGAUCUCGUUUCUAGGAGUUGGUAGCUUCAUCGGGACGUUGAUAGUAUACGCCCUUACCCAGGAUAACGCGCAACCAGUUAGUUGGAAGCGCAUUUUCUUUGAGCUAGGGGUGAUGACUUUUGUUUGGGGAGUGUUGUUUUCACUUGCUAUGCCAGAUAGCCCGACAACUGCCACAUGGCUCAAUGAGAACGAGAAAGUUGCCGCCGUCCAACGAAUAAUCGAAAAUAAAACCGGUACAAGAUCUCGCAAUUUUGUUAAAGCCCAGGUCUUCGAGGCGAUUACCGACCCUAAGAUUAUAAUCUUAGGCCUAAUAUCCUUCGCCAACGCCUUCGCAUCCGGUGGGCUUGCAUAUGGCUCAUUUGUGAUACAAGGCUUCGGUUUUGAUCCGCUAAAGACGACCUUGUUGAGUCUGCCUCUAUUCACGAUCCAAGUUGUGGCGCAACUUGGUUCGGGAUAUCUAGUUUCUCGUAUUCGCGAUUUUCGGUUACAUAUGGCAUCUCUGGCUAUGGUUCCUCCGAUCGUAGGUACGAUAUUGAUCAACCAACUUCGGCCGGAUAAUAGAUGGGGACGUCUUGCUGGGGUUUGGCUAUUGGGAUCCUAUCCUGUGGGCUUUAUGGUAAUCCUCGGCCUACUUUCGACAAACAUCGCGGGUACCACCAAGCGGUCCGUAGCUUCGGGCUGGGUGUUUUCCUGCUACUGUGCCGGCCAAAUCUUCGGGCCGCAAUUCUUCAAAAACGCUGAGGGCCCUGCGUAUCGCAACGGCAUUAUGGCUAUGUUAUGUGCCUUCGCCUUGAAUGCGUUCUUAAGCCAGGCGUUGCGUCUCCAUUAUGUUCUCGAAAACAAAAAACGAGACAGGGCCUUAGAGGAAAUGUCGGAGGACGAAAUCGCAACGAUAGAAAAAUUAAGUGAACGUGAGGGAUUUGAGGAUGUUACCGACAAAUAUAACGCCAUGUUCCGCUAUGCGUUGUAG